AUGAGAGUUCUGGCCUCUUUGCUUGCAGGGCAGGCCUUUGCAGCUAACACCUGUGAGGUUAACUCUGACAGGUCCAAAAGCGCAAUCUGCUCUGCACUUGUUGCUUUUUGCAAUACUAACUCUGGUCUUUCUGGCUGUUCAGCCCAGAAUUUCACAACAAGAAAUUGCUGCGAAAAUGAUCUUACUAGCUGUUCAAAAGCGCAAGUGAUAGAAGAAGGAAGUGCUGCGUACCAAGAAAAAUUUGCUAGCGGGGGUCAUUGUAAUCACAAAACUACGAUUCGGGUGGACCCUCCGAAAGAAUGCAUAGCAAAAGAAAGUAUGAGCAGUGUUAAUAUCUGCUGGAAGCUUAAAUGGUAUUGUCACGAUCCAACUGCCCAGGGUAUUUACGCAAUGAUGGAUGGAAACGGCCCUUGCGGAAACAAUCAAUGGGCUACGGUCGGCUGUUGCUACGCUGGCGAUGCUGGAGCUAGCUGUAAUCGUGCUCAACUCCUUCAAGAUACUACCGAAAUAGCAGACUACUUUUACCGAGGUAGUGGAAACUGUAAUACUGCAGAUUUCGUCUUGGCUGAUCGUGAUAUUCCAACUACAACAACAACAACGACGACGACAACUACUACGACAACGACGACCACCACAUCGCCGCCGCCGCCACCCCGAUGCGAAUCAAGAAGGGAUAAAGGAAAGAAUGCAGUCUGCGCUAGAUUGAAUUCAAUCUGUUCGGGCUCGACUCUCACUUCUUGCGCAGUCGAGAAUUGGACAACAAAAGCAUGCUGUGAGGGAUCAGCAUCUUGCACUGCGGCAGAGGUAUUUGCGGAUGGUGAUCUGAUCUUUGAAGAAAACUAUCGAAAUGGCGGCAGCUGUAACGCUAAGGAAAACAUUCACAUUGAAGAAGAAACUCCAAACCGCUGUUCCGUGCUUCGAUCUAAGUCAACAGUGGAUAUUUGCUGGAUGAUGAAAUGGUACUGCCAUGAUCCAAAUGCUAAAGGAACAAUUGAUAUGACCCUCGGAAGUGGUCCAUGCACAAACGCGGCUUGGGGAACCAUCGGUUGUUGCUAUGCGGGAGACAAUGGUGCUGGAUGCAACAGGGACAGUAUUCUUGCGGACGCUGACGAUAUGGCUGACUAUAGAUUCCGAACACUCGAAAACUGUCCAACUCAGGACUUCUUUCAGGAAGCUCGACCGGCUCCGACAACCACAACGACGACGACAACCACCACAACAACAACAACUCAGCCACCAGGACCCUGGAUUGUCGGAGAGACGGAAGUUUUCUUCGACGACUUUACUGACUACAACACUUUCAGAGAUCAAUGGAUAGUCGAAGUUACGCCAGACCCUCACAAUAAUGAGUAUCAGUAUUACACAGAUCGAAAGGCAAAUGCAGAUGUUAUUGAUGGAAAACUUGUCCUUACUGCAAAGAGAGAAAAUUUUGGCCAUCGACAAUACACCUCCGGACGUGUCGUAUCCAAGUACGCUUUCAAAUAUGGAAAGAUUGAGGUUGUCGCUAAGACUCCGGCUGGCCGCGGUCUUUGGCCCGCCAUCUGGCUCUUGCCCGAAGAAGAUGUCUGUGGCGGUUGGCCACGAUCUGGUGAGAUCGACAUUUUUGAAGGACGAGGUCAAAAUCCACAAGAAAUGGUUUCUACGAUUCAUUUCGGGCCCCUCUGGCCAAAUAACCAGUAUCUUCAUGGUCCAAAUAUUCAAUCUGACUGCGAUUAUACUGCUGGCUUCCAUAAAUGGACACUUGAAUGGACUCCAAACGAAUUGGUCUAUUCGUUCGAUGAUGAAGUGAUGUAUAUCCAGUCGCUUGAUACAGUCAUUGACUCAUAUUACGGAAACAACUGGCAGAGACCCUUCGAUCAAUAUUUCCAUAUUAUUCUCAAUACUGCUGUUGGUGGUGAUUUUGUUGAUGGGCCCGACGCAAACGACGUGUGGGACUAUCCAGAAGCAGAAUUUCAAAUCGAGUCAGUGAAAAUUACACCUUUUACUGACAUAAUUGAUCCAGCUAAGACUACUUGCGAAACCUCUUCCCAUUGCAAUAAUUGCAAAGCUGACACAGAUUUCUGCAGCGGUCAAAAUAGUUAUGAAAAAUAUAUCUUACUCAGCAAUCCAGUUAAUCCUGUUCAAUGUACGGCCAAUACAGGAAAAAGCAACACAGAUCUUUGUUGGGGAAUGAAGUGGUUCUGCCAUGAUCCAAACGCACAGAGUCCAUUCAAUUGGGGAAGUAUGGCUGUUUGUAAUGGUCAAUGGGAAACGAUUGGCUGCUGCUAUUCUGGAGACAACGGCGCUGGUUGCAACCGCAAUAGUCUUCUGGCUGACGUGAGUGAUUUGGGAGCAAAAGUUUACGAGGUGACUGGAGAGUGUACAAACAGGCGAGGACAAGAUACUAACGGCGCCAUCAUCAAACUUGCAGGCGAUUUGUCAGUUUCCUGUGCAUCUGAGCCGACAACAACAACAACUACAACUACAACUACAACAACGACAACUACAACUACAACGACGACGACAACUACUACGACAACGACGACCACCACAUCGCCGCCGCCGCCACCCAGAUGCGAAUCAAGAAGGGAUAAAGGAAAGAAUGCAGUCUGCGCUAAAUUGAAUUCAAUCUGUUCGGGCUCGACUCUCACUUCUUGCGCAGUCGAGAAUUGGACAACAAAAGCAUGCUGUGAGGGAUCAGCAUCUUGCACUGCAGCAGAAGUAUUUGCGGAUGGUGAUCUGAUCUUUGAAGAAAACUAUCGAAAUGGCGGCAGCUGUAACGCUAAGGAAAACAUUCACAUUGAAGAAGAAACUCCAAACCGCUGUUCCGUGCUUCGAUCUAAGUCAACAGUGGAUAUUUGCUGGAUGAUGAAAUGGUACUGCCAUGAUCCAAAUGCUAAAGGAACAAUUGAUAUGACCCUCGGAAGUGGUCCAUGCACAAACGCGGCUUGGGGAACCAUCGGCUGUUGCUAUGCGGGAGACAAUGGUGCUGGAUGCAACAGGGAUAGUAUUCUUGCGGACGCUGACGAUAUGGCUGACUAUAGAUUCCGAACACUCGAAAACUGUCCAACUCAGGACUUCUUUCAGGAAGCUCGACCGGCUCCGACAACCACAACGACGACGACAACCACCACAACAACAACAACUCAGCCACCAGGACCCUGGAUUGUCGGAGAGACGGAAGUUUUCUUCGACGACUUUACUGACUACAACACUUUCAGAGAUCAAUGGAUAGUCGAAGUCACGCCAGAUCCUCACAAUAAUGAGUAUCAGUAUUACACAGAUCGAAAGGCAAAUGCAGAUGUUAUUGAUGGAAAACUUGUCCUUACUGCAAAGAGAGAAAAUUUUGGCCAUCGACAAUACACCUCCGGACGUGUCGUAUCCAAGUACGCUUUCAAAUAUGGAAAGCUUGAGGUUGUCGCUAAGACUCCAGCUGGCCGCGGUCUUUGGCCCGCCAUCUGGCUCUUGCCCGAAGAAGAUGUCUAUGGCGGUUGGCCACGAUCUGGUGAGAUCGACAUUUUUGAAGGACGAGGUCAAAAUCCCCAAGAAAUGGUUUCUACGAUUCAUUUCGGGCCCCUCUGGCCAAAUAACCAAUAUCUUCAUGGUCCAAAUAUUCAAUCCAACUGCGACUAUACUGCUGGUUUCCAUAAAUGGACACUUGAAUGGACUCCAAACGAAUUGGUCUAUUCGUUCGAUGAUGAAGUGAUGUAUAUCCAGUCGCUUGAUACAGUCAUUGACUCAUAUUACGGAAACAACUGGCAGAGACCCUUCGAUCAAUAUUUCCAUAUUAUUCUCAAUACUGCUGUUGGUGGUGAUUUCGUUGAUGGGCCUGACGCAAACGACGUGUGGGACUAUCCAGAAGCAGAAUUUCAAAUCGAAUCAGUGAAAAUUACACCUUUUACUGACAUAAUUGAUCCAGCUCAGACUACUUGCGAAACCUCUUCUCAUUGCAAUAAUUGCAAAGCUGACACAGAUUUCUGCAGCGGUCAAAAUAGUUAUGAAAAAUAUAUCUUACUCAGCAAUCCAGUUAAUCCUGUUCAAUGUACGGCCAAUACAGGAAAAAGCAACACAGAUCUUUGUUGGGGAAUGAAGUGGUUCUGCCAUGAUCCAAACGCACAGAGUCCAUUCAAUUGGGGAAGUAUGGCUGUUUGUAAUGGUCAAUGGGAAACGAUUGGCUGCUGCUAUUCUGGAGACAACGGCGCUGGUUGCAACCGCAAUAGUCUUCUGGCUGAUGUGAGUGAUUUGGGAGCAAAAGUUUACGAAGUGACUGGAGAGUGUACAAACAGGCGAGGACAAGAUACUAACGGCGCCAUCAUCAAACUUGCAGGCGAUUUGUCAGUUUCCUGUGCAUCUGAGCCGACAACAACAACAACUACGACUACAACAACUACAACUACAACAACGACGACUACAUCUACAACUACAACUACAACUACAACAACGACGACGACAACUACAACUACAACAACUACAACGACGACUACAACUACGACAACUACAACUACAACUACAACUACAACAACGACGACUACAACUACAACCACAACAGAACAAAAUCUUUGCUAA